AUGGCGGACGUGACGAAGGACAAGGCCAUCAAGCUCACGGUCCGGGUACUCGUGCCCGUCCCUUCCUCACUCACUCCCCCUCUCUCCCAACAGUUCAACUUCGUGGGCAAGCUCCUGGGUCCCAAAGGCAACUCUAUGAAGCGUCUGCAGGAGGAGACACUGACGAAGAUGGCAGUGCUCGGGAGAGGCUCCAUGCGGGACAAACAAAAGGAGGAGGAGCUGCGCCAGUCCGGGGACCCCAAGUUCGGGCACCUGAGCGAGGACCUGCACGUGGAGGUGACGGCCGUGGCGCCCCCCGCAGAGGCACACGCCCGCAUCGCCUACGCCCUCACGGAGAUACGACGAUACCUGGUGCCCGACUACAACGACGAGAUCAGACAAGGACAGAUGAGGGAGAUGCAACUCCUCGUGGGCAGCACCACCACCUCUACCACCACCGGCAACACCACCACCACCGGCAACACCACCACCGCCACCACCACCACCGCCAACAACAACAACAACAACAAUAACACCACCACCAAUAACAACAACAACAACAACGGAAUAUGUGGAUCUGAAGAGGAGUCCUGCUCGCCCCACUCCAACGGCUCCCCCCCGCCCCCUCCCCCCGGUACUGGUGUUGGAGGUGGUGGUGGAGGUGGGGGUGGUGGUGGAGGCAGGAGUGGAGGUGGUGUGAGGGUGUCCAUUACCUCGCCGCAUCCCGCGCUAAGAGGCUUGAAUCGUGCCCAGGCUGCCCUCCUUACGACGGGCAAGGGCGAGCUGGUGAAGGCCCGGGGCAGCAGCGGGGGCAGCAGCAUCAGCAGUAGCAGCAGCAGCAGCAGCAGCCGGCGGUCCGUGCUGAGCCUGCUGACACGGGCACGAGCCAUACAGCAGAAGGAGGAGCUCAUGGAUGCAGCCUACCACGACCUGCCCGGGUAUGGCCUCUACGACCCCUUGGCGGACCUGCCCCUCUCCGACCAGGCCGACGACGUGACAGGUCGUGUGAGCGGGGGCGGCGCCCUCAAGAUGACGACCCCCGCCGACCGCGCCAGGUUCCGCCACGACCCCUACCUCAGGAUUCCCUCCUCCACCUAGACCUCCACCACCCCAAAACAACCCCCAACAUCCCCACCACAAAUCAACACCACCCCGGCAACACCAGCGCCGCCAACACCACCUGCAGCACCAGGCAGUCCUGAGGCAUUAUCACAGCUACCACCACCACCACCAGCACCACCACAGCCACUCCUAUACCAUCAAAAGGCUUUACUCUCUGGCUGACUGGCUGGCUGGCUGGCUGACUAAGUGGCCGCCUGGUUUUCUACUGGUCUCUCUAGUUGGCUGACUACAUAGUAGUGUGGCACGAUUAAGGGAAGGAAGGAAGGAAGAAGGAAGAGAGGCCAGAAGUCUACUACUACUACUACUACUACUACUACUACUACUAUUACUACUACUGCAGUACUACGACUGCUGCUGAAAUCCUAUUUUGUUGUUGGUGGUGGUGAUAGUCUCAAGUUAUGGUGGUGGUGGUGGCGGUGGUGAGGGUGGUGAUGAUGGUGGUUAUAAAGUGGUGAUGAUGGAGAUGAUGAUGAUGAUGAUGAUGAUGAUGAUGAUGAUGAAAGCGAUGCCAGUGAUCGUGAAGGUGAUAAAUAUGGGGAUGAUUAUGAUGGAGAUGAUAAUGACACAGAUAAUGAGAGCAAAAUGAUGAUGAUGAUAAAGAUGGUGAUAAUUUUUCCGGUGGUAUCUUUUUGAAACACUUAAUAACACAUAAUGAUAAUGAUAAUGAUAAUAAUAAGUAGUGUAUCGAUGUGCUGUAGUUUAUGUUGUGUUGUGUGAUAAUAAAAUAAAUAAAUGAAAAAAAAUAGAAGGAAGGGAGGGAGAAGGAAAGAGAAGACGAAGAAAGGAGGAAAUAAAGGAAAGGAAGAAGAGGUAUACAAAAAUGAAGAGAACAAAGAAAAAGGAGAAGAAGGAGAGGAAAAGGAGGAAGAAGAGGAGGAGAAGGAACAGAAAAAGAAUAUUGAUAAAGAGAAAACUAUGUAAGAAAAAAAAGGAAUGAAAAGAAAGAAGAAGAAAGAGAAAAAUGAAGGAGAAAGGAAAGCAAAAAACAUCAAGACAAAUAAAAAAAGAAGAAACAGAAGAAGAGAGGGAGGAAGAAACAGAGAUAGUGAGUGAGAAAGGAAAGGGAAAAUAAUAAAGAUUGGAGAAAGAAGGAAGAAAGGAAGAGAGAGAAUGUGAGUAAAUAAUGAUGAAAAAAUAAGAAAAUAUAAGAUAGAAAAAUAAUAGUAAUGAUAAAAAUAAUAGUAAGAGUGAAAAUAAGAAAAAGAUAGAAACAGCUUACUAUAACACACACACACACACACACACACACACACACACACACACACACACACACACACACACACGUAGAUAAACAGUAGUUGUAGUGACCAUGUAUGUAUAUGUACGUAUAGUGAACGCUUAAUAGCAUACACGCACAUACAUACAAACAUACAUACAUACAUACACACACACACACACAUACAUACAUACAUACAUACGUACACUGUGUACAUUUUUUGCCUCCACGCGCACCCGAGCCAAGAACAAACAAACAAACGAACAAACAGAUAAACAAAAACAAACACAUGUACUCCUCCUCCUCCUCCUCUUCCUCUUCCUCCUCUUCUUCCUUCUUCUCCUUUCUUUACCUCCUUCACCUCCUAACAACCAUAUCAAUUUCCUCUUCCCUCCCUUUUUUUCUACUCUUCCUUCUUACCCUCCCCCUCCUCCUCCUCCUCCUCCCCCUUUAUUCUCUUCCUCCUCCUCUUCCCCCUUUUUUCUCCUAUUUCUUCUGUUCUUCCUCAUCUUUCUCCUCCUCUCCUAUUCUACCUAACAUAACAUCAACUUCCUCUUCUCUUUCUUUUUUCUUCCUCCUCCUCCUCCUCCUCCUUCUCCUAACACAGCCAUAUCAACACGAGCUUAGAGGUUAGGUAGUAGAUGUUGUUGUGUCCGUGUUGUACAAAGAGCUUAUUACCUGCAGAGUCCAACCCCUUACAUUACCUUACCUUACCUUACCUUACAUCUCUAUAAUUCCCUUAACCUUACUUAGCCUUAUAUUACCUGUCUAUCAUUCCCUUAACCUUACCUUAUGUUACCUGUCAAGCUUCCCUUUAACCUUACCUAACCUGAUUUUACCUUAUAUUUGCUUUAGUCAAUUUCCGUAACUUUAUCUCACCUAACCUAACCUAAUCUAUCCUACUCUUGUUCUCUUCCUCUUCCUCCUCCUCCUCCUUAUCCAUCUACUCUUCCUACUCUGUUCUAGUCUCUCUCUCUCCUCCUCCUCCUCCGCUGUCUCCUUCUUCUUCAUUUUUUGUUUCCUUUUCCUCCACCUCCUUCUAUUCUUUCUUUCUUUGUCAUUCCAUUCACCCCGCCCCCCCCACUCCUCUUCUUCCACCUCUUUCUACGCUUCCUACCCUGUUAUUGCUAUCGUUUUCCUCCUCCUCCUCCUCCUCCUCCUCCUCCUCCUCUAACAAGCAAACAGAAUCACAAACAGCUCAGAGAUUAUUAGUGUUUUAUAUUCAUGUUCAUCACCACCAUCAUCACCACCACCAUCAUCACCACCACCACCACUUGUAAGGAUGUAUUGGUGAUGUUGGAGGUGGUGGUGAUGGUGAUGGUGGUGAUAUUGGUGCUGACUUCUGUGCUUUGUAUUUCCCAUAACCACCAGCAUCAUCAUCACCAUCAUCAGCAUUACCAUCACCACCACCGCUACCAUUAAGGCCGGCCGUGAUGGUGGUAAUUUGUAUUGGUGGUGGUGGUGGUGGUGAUGACGAUUAUGGUGAUGAUAGUAGUGGUGAUGAUAGUCGUGGUGGUGUUUUUGGUGGUGGUGAUGAGGUGUUUUAAGUCCAGUAGCAGAAAAAAAAUAAAGGAAAGAAAUGCAUUAAUGCAAAAUCUUGUGAUAACUUGUGUGAAUAAAUAGUAAAAUAAAUGUUUCCUUGGUGUGAAAAGGAAAAAAUUGUAAGUGAAGAAAGAAAAUAAACGACAAAGAGUGAAAGGCUGAAAGGAAGAAAUCUGACAAGAUGUGGAAAAGAAAUAUAAUGAGAGGAAUAAACUGAUAAAAAAAGAGGCUGGAUUUAAUGUGUUGUUUAUUUAGUUACCAAGAGGAAGAAUCAUGAAGAGGAAGAAGAGGAAGAAGAAAAAAAGUGUUCAUGCUUGAACAAAAAUAUUACAGAAAGAAAUUAAAAGAAACCGCCGUGAGAAGUCUUUCAACAACAUUUCUGAGAAGCUUUUUACAAGACAGAAAACAAACAAAACUUUCAUAUUCUGAAGAAAAAGAAGAAAAAAAGUGCUUGAAAAAUAUAAUAGAAGGAAAGGUUUAAUAAAAAAUGGUUUGAAGUGUUCCAACAACAUUUCUGGGAAGUUGAAAAAUAGAUAGCAAGGAAAAUAUUAGCAUCUGAAGAAAAUUAUAGGAAAAAAGUGCAUUAUCUUUAUCGGGUUAAGCAUUUUAUUUACCAUACCGAAACAAAAACAGCUUUGUGUUCCGAAAUACCUUUUGAAUAUAAUUACUUCCAAACAAAAUUGAGAAAAAAUAUUGACACCUGAAAAAAAUCAAAGAAAAAUAUGCAUUAUCCUUAUCGGGUUAAGCAUUUAGUGUAACAAAAAAAAUGGCUUUGUCUACUGAAAUACCUCUUGAAUAUAAUCACUUCCAAACACAGUGCGGGUAAAAAAAGACUAAAGAUAUAUGACAAAAAAUAGAGAAAAGUGCCCCAUUUCUAUCUCUGGUUAAGCAUUCGCUCUAUCGAGAAAAAAAAAAAAGCUUUGUGUCCUGAAAUACUUUUUGAAUAUAAUAACUUUCAAACGUGAUUCAGACUAAAAGUAUUGACACCUGAAGCAAAAUAAAUAACAGCAUGUCUUUUUUUCCAGAUCAGAUUAAGUUGUUAGUGUCAGACCAAUUUCCGAAUUUUGUGUGUACAGAUACACCCUUGGAAAUAAUAAUUACCUCGAAACAAAACAGAGAAAAAUGUAUUAUGAAAAACGAAAACUAUGUAAUAUGUGUAUGAGGAGAAAUGAAAUAAAUGUGUAUGAUGAUUUGGUGAAGGAGUGAACUACAAAAAAAAAAGAAUACAAUAAAUCUAAAACACAAGAAAAUUAAAACAAAACAGAGAAAAACACUUUGAAACGCACACAGUAACACACAAACACACACAAACUUAUGUAACCUAUAUAUAGCGACAAUGAAAUAAAUAUGUAUAAAAAAAAAACGCCGAGAACUGAACUAAAAAAAAAAACAAUGAAGCAAACAAGACAAAAAACAAAAUACAGAGAAAAACACAUUGAAACACACACAAACACAAUAUAUUUGUAUAAGACGAGAAUGAAAUAAGUAAAUGUAUAAAAAGAAUUCCGCCGAGAAGUGAACUAAAAAAAAAAUAAUAAAAAGGAUCAAACAGGACAAGCAGAGAAAACACACUGAAACACACACACACAAAAAAAAAAAACAUAUGUAGCUGAUGUGUAUAAGACGAGAAUGAAAUUAAUAUGUAUAAAAAGAAUUCCGCCAAGAACUGAGCUAAAAAAAAUAAUAAAAAAGGAACAAACAAGACACACAGAGAAAACACAUUGAAACAAACA